AUGCGGCUGCCGAUUGAAUAUAAUAUUAAUUUAAUCAAGUUUACCCGCCUUACCGUCAGUGCUGCCGCUGCCGCUGCUCGAGCCCAAGCCCAGGCCGUAAACUGGGCAGCAAGUUUGCCAUCGAGCGCCACGAGCAGGGCCUUGCGGUCUGCAAAGCAAGCCACGAAUGCUUUGCACACAGCGAAGUACGAGCUAGAAGGACGAUCGAUCGAUCGCUCUGAUUUUGAGGGAGAUAUCGUAACCAGUGUCCUCCGUAUGGCCCUAUCUAGAUAUUGUUUCUGGCAGAGGAAAUGUUUAGUCGUUGGGGUGAAAUCUUUCAAGAUUACGAUCGGCUUUGAUCAGAGGUACCUCCAAGAAGUAUUGGAGCAGAAAUACUCAAAUAACCGGUAA